AUGUUCGGAAUCGCCACUGUCAUCCUCGGUGUCUUCACCGCCCUCUCCUCCGCCUCGUUCGUGACCCUCAACAACAACUGUGAAUUCCAGGUCGACGCGGCGUUCUACCCCACCGUCGAGUUCAACCAGACCCAGACGGGCGGGUUCGCGCUGAACUCCACGCACCCCUCCGCGACGGUGCUCCUCGCGAACGACUACGACGGCCAGAUCUGGGGCCGCACGGGCUGCGACGCGAACGGCAACUGCGCCACUGGCCAAUGCCCCGGCGGCGAGAGCUGCACGGGCCCGACGUCGGGGACGGCGACGAUCGCGCAGUUCGCCCUCAACGUGACGAACGGACAGGACUCGUUCGGUGUGAGUGAAGUCGACGGGUAUAAUAUCCCGGUGACUAUCACGCCCGGCCCAGGAUGCUCGGUCGCGGCUGUGGACUGCACCGGUCCGGACGGCGAGGGUAAUGGCUGCGGCCAAACCUUCCAAUGCACUACGACCACGGCGUACACCUUGACGUUCUGCUAG